GCGGGACUCGCUGCUGCUCCUGGUGCAGAUGAAGAAAAGGGACUUCCGGUGUUCCACUCUGUCCCGGAUUACACUUUGUACAGCGAGACCGGCAGAAUGGCAGGCCGCCGUGUAGCCCUGAAGGCCAUUGACUGGCUGGCGUUUGCCGAGCGGGUCCCACCCAACCAGAGGAGCAUGUUCAAUGCACUGAAGACUCGCAGUGAUGCUAUCGCUGCCAAACUCUCUGCCCUGCCAGAGACUCCUGCAGCCAUUGACUGGAGUUACUACAAGACUGCAGUGGCUAAAGCUGGGAUGGUUGAUGACUUUGAGAAGAAGUUCAAAGCCCUGCAGAUCCCUGAGCCUACUGACACACAGACAAGCGUCAUCAAUGCCCAGGAAGCUGAAGCUAGUAAAAAUGCAUUAGCCUACAUUGAAGAAUCUAAGGCCCGCGUCUCUGAGUAUGAGCAAAGGCUGGAACAGCUGAAGAGCAUGAUCCCCUUCGACCAGAUGACCAUCGAAGAUCUCAACGAAGCCUUCCCUGAGACCAAGUUGGACAAGGCUAAAUAUCCCUGGUGGCCCCACAAGCCCAUUGCAGAUUUGUAAUCCUGUCACUGGACACUCAACUCACAAUAAAGUUUAUGUAUGUCAAAGAGAA